UUGACCCAAGUCAGCUUAGUUAAUAUUUGUAUUGUAUUGUAUAACUAAUUGUAAUAUUUGUGUGUCAUCCUUAAACAAAUCGGGUUGUAUUACUUUAUAUCAGCCCGAAGUAGACGUGACCUACACAUGGCAGAUGGCCGAAAUGCAACUAAAAGCAUAGAUGCUUUGAAGUGCGACUGUUUUCCAUUGAUUACGACAAUUCGUCCCUGUUGACUCCUCCCAUGUGCUCGGAAAAGUGGGAACGAGGGAAACAGUUCCGGGGCGAUAGUGUAUAAAUAUUUCAGAUGUAUAACGGACUGAAAUAAAAGUGUACUAAGCUGAACAAACGUCUCGUUGACAGGAUUCCAUCUUUCAUACAUUUGUAACACAGCAAGUUAAGUUACAUGACCUAUGCAAAUAGAUCUUAAAACAGGCAGCGUACGAUUACGAGGCAAGAAAAUGACCAAUGUAUUGGACAUUCAAGCAGAGUUAGCCUCCAUCAUGGAUAUUUUGGCUAAGUCCGCGGUGGCUGAAAUCAGCAGACUCGUGGACGAUGGUGCCGCGUUGUUACGGUUGGAAAUAUCUCGGAGUCACAGAGAGAUCGCUGUGCUGAGGAGGACCCUGCAGUUGAAGGAGAGUGAGCUGCAGGUUUCGCGACGUCUCCAGGGACGUUUUUUGCACAGUCGGUCCGUCGCUGGUCCGGGUUGUCGCGCACUGGGGACUGAGAGAGAGAAGGUAUGGUCUCCCGCAGCAGAAAGAGUCUUUGGGCAGGAGUGGAGCUUCACUCUGAGCAGAGAUGGAGAACCUGCAGGUGUGGAAGAGAUGGACACACCUUUACUGUCCAGCCUCAGUCAGAACCAGUCUGCAAACAUUGAUAAGGUCAGGACUGAACCAGUUCUUAUCAAGCAGGAGGGACUGGGAGAGGACUUAUGUUACAGUGACCCACAGUCCACACCUGUAGAAGAGGAACAGGUAACACAGCCCACACCUGCAGGAGAUGGGAAGAAACCGGACACAGAGCCCACACCUGCUGGAGGUCCAGAGGAGCUGAGUGAGCAGCACAGGUGUGGACACGGUGAUGAGGAGCUCAGUGGACUGGAGUUUGUGGUGAAGGCAGAGCAAGAGGAAGAGCAUGUAGCCCAGAGACUCAAUCAGACAGGAUGUGAACACAGUGCAGGAAGACUCAACAACCUGGGCUCUGAGUAUGUAACGUAUGAGAGAAACAGCCAGCUGUGGACUUCCUUUACGCGAGAGGACAGUGACGUAGAUGAUCCAAUUUGUUCUAACGCUACAGAACAUUGCUCACAUAAUCUGUCAAUUCACACACAGCUACAACAUGCUCCCGCCACCGCGGAAGUCUCUGGAGACACACUGUCCCCUUUUGGGGCUUCACACGUUGAGGAGUUUGAUCAGAUGGGUGAGAAGCCGUCUGCUUGCAGCGAGGAACUCAGGUCGGAGGCCAUUCGCACACAGCAGGGUCAGUACGGAGAGACGCCGGGCUCACUCACAAAAGGGGAUGCGAUCGCACGGCGGCAGCCGCUUCAGUACGGCGAGUCGAACCCCGAUAUUUCCGACGGGGACAGAUGCGCCCCGCUGCGGGCUAGGGCGGAGACGAGAGCAAAGGGUCACCGGAGAGCCGGAAUGGGAGAGAAACGCUUCAGCUGUGCUCAGUGCGGGAAGAGUUUCACCACCCGCUUUUACCUGAAGAUUCACCGGCGGAUUCACACCGGAGAGAGACCCUUCAAGUGCACGCAGUGCGGAAAGGGCUUCUAUUGCACCUCCCACCUCACCUCUCACCAGAGGUCGCACACGGGAGAGAAGCCGUACAGCUGUGACGAAUGUGGGAAUUCCUACUCGCAUCUGAACUCCCUUAAGCUGCACUACAGAGUCCACGCAGAGGAAAAAGAACUGAACUGCGCAUAGCACUGGAAACGGGACGGCUUAUAGCGGACCAUUGUUUUCACCCUUUUUAAAACAAACAAACUUUUCCAGUCCUUGCUUGAUUUAAUAAACAAAUGAUUUCCUUUUUGACUCUACGAA